AUGCUUAACAGCUUAUGUACCAAAAAGAGACAGCAGAUUUUCAACUAUUUGGCGCCUAGUUUUGCCAAGCCAGAGGCUCAGAUUGAAAGGACUGGAAAGCAGAAUAGGGAAGGAGGUAUUGGGAUAAAAAAUAUUUUAUCGAACCACUCACAUAACCAAGAUGAGCCAGUAAAUCAUGGAGUCAACCUUAUUUUACCGAGGAAUAUGCAUGGUAGCCUUAGAAAUAUAAAAGGAAAACUCUGAAAGCCAAUUUCAAAGAACUCAGAGCUGUCAGCUUUCAGUGUGGUGAAGCCGAGAGUCCCGCUUAAACCUAGAAAUUUUCAAGGUUCAAAUAAUUCCUCUCGGUGUCACUCUGGAUGAGGCCUUGAAGAAACUAAACAUUCGCCUAAGAAUGAUCGAGAGAACUCUCCUAUUGCAAGUAAGGACUCUUUAGUAUCUAUACCUCCCAAAAAAUUUCCUAGAGCUUGCAAGAGUAACUGCCCCAAAUGUUGUCGAGCAAGUAUAGAACGACCAAAGAAGACACCUGCUGAAACGAACACCAGAGAUGACGUGCUGCAUAAAACAUUGUUCCGAGCUGUAAAGAAGUUCUAUAGCUUUGAAUGCUGCAACACUAGGCAUAUUUUUGCUCAUUCCAAAAAUCAAGAGUCCCAAAUCCUUAGCAAGAUCGACCAAAUUUGUAAGCUCAGGUUUGGCAGUUUAUUCACAGAAGCAGAGAUCAGCAAAGCAGCACCUCUGGAAUUACUAGCCAAAGAUAAGAAGCAGCUCAGCAGCUUUCCACUCAACGAUUAUUACAUGGUAAAGCUCAUGGUCGCAUCUAUUUCAGCCAGGAUGAUCAUGAAAAAGUAUAUCGGCAAGUAUGAAGUGCGCAAAGUCUAUGUGAAGUACUAUAAUGUGCUCAACAAAUACUCCUUCGGUAAGCUGUCCAACCUGCUUGCUCUGAAGCCGUUUCAAACUGUCUUCAAACAGUUCUUGACUUCAGCGGAGUUCAAGCACAUGCUAGCUAACGACAAGACUCUGAGCAAGCACCCAGACUUGUACAAAGCAAAGGCUCAGGAGUUCUUAAAGAUGAUUGCUGAAAUGUCGAAGGACAAAUUCUAAGUUAUUAUAACUUAAUCAAAAACUCUUCGUUUAUUCCAAAAGAAGCUCCCUUCGACUCCAUUGAUGAGAUGAAAGAGAAUACCAAUGUGAUGCAAACACCUGUGCAUAGUUUUAGUUAUCAAUAACUCUCUAAACUUUGAGCCAGCAAGCUUACUGGUUUUCCCAAGUCGGUAGAUAAUUUCCCACAAUUUUUAUUCUGUGAUAUCAGAAAUUAUGAAGGAAGACUUCAAAUCAAACUUCCUUUUAAAAAUUUCUGCUGAGCUUUUUAUAUAGUAAUCAGAUAAAUUUCGAUAUAUUUAAAUAGACUUUAGCCUCAAUACGUCUUCUCAUAAUUAUUAUGCCAUAUUUAAGUGCCUCAUGAAAAUUGUCAUAAUAUUCUCAGAAUUUCAUAAAUGACAGCCCAAAAGCUAAAACCCCAAUUAAAUCAGAACUUAAUGUUUAGCGUACCAUCCUGUUUUAGAUCCCUAAUCAGCAGGCUUCAGUCUUCUUUAUUAUUAAAAGAGAGCUCAAUUCAGAAUUAACCGCUGAAAUCUUUAUUUAUCAACCCCUGACUUACUCUGGAUAUCAUCAUUCAACCAAAGGUAACAAAAUUCGUAAAAACCUCAAUAAUAAGUAUUGUAAAUAAUACUACUCUCCCCAAAUUAAGCAUGAUGAAAGUCCAAGGAGGUACUUUACCAUAACCAAUAGAGAACUUUAUUGUAUAACACAGUACCAAGCAUUAACCUGUUCUGCUAAA